AUGAGUAAUAAAUUAAUGUUUUGUUUUUCCUCAGAUAAUUUUUCGAUAGGAACAUUGGUCAUAAGUUCAACUCUGUUGGGCUUACUUUUGUGGCCUCUCAUUGAGUACACUAUUCAUCGCUGGCUGUUUCAUCUGCAGCCUCCAGACAACUCACCAUUACUUAUCACAUUGCAUUUCGGAAUUCACGGACUUCAUCACAAGGUGCCAUUCGAUGACCGACGGUUAUUGUUUCCGCCGGGGCCGGCCGCAGUACUCAUAUCGGCUGCGUACUCUAUAUACCUGAUGCUGUUUCCUCAUUGGAUGGCGCCGCUGGUAUUGGCCGGUAUGAUUGCGGGCUAUGUAACUUAUGAUUUAAUACAUUUCUAUUUACACUACGGAUGUCCCAGGGAAGGAUCGUACUUGUACACAAUGAAAAGAUACCACAACCAACAUCAUUUCGCGCACCACGAGAGCGGUUUUGGUAUCAGCAGCCAGUUUUGGGACCACAUAUUCGGCACAGCGAUUGCACUGAAAAAGCUUAGCCGAUGUUUAAAAUGGUACUAACCUACUACCCGUAAACUCGUGCCUUAUAAUAUAUUAUAUAUU